UUUGCAUUCCCUUUUUCUCUUUUUCAUCUUCUUGCACAUCCUAUUUCUCAAAUCUUAACAAAUUUCAUUUUUCACUUAUCGCAUAAAUUACCUAUUCGCAUAAUUUCAUUUUCUCUCCCACAUAUUCACGUUUUGCGCUUCUCAAUUACGUUGAUUUGCGCUUCUCAUUCCUCAAUUCUUUCUCAGCUUUUCAAGUCGACUUCAGUUUCAAUUUAUUGAGAUCUUCGAUAGUUGUUUCAUCUUCAAUCACCAAUACUUGCACCUCGUACAACACUUCAACUCCUCAGUUAUCAAUUAUCAUUACGAAGAAUGUGACUCAAACAAACAGAUAGAGGAACUUCGAUAAAAUUGGGGAUUUAGGGUUUUCUCUUCCGAGUCGUCAAAUAAAUCAUUCCCUGAAAAUGGAUUCCGAAGGGCAAAAAGGUACGGUGAACCCUUCAGCAAUGUUGGCUUCCUUGCUUAGUAGGAGAGCCAAGCUUCAUGAGGAGCUUCGAAAUAUUGAAAAGCAGGUUUAUGAUAUGGAGACAAGUUAUUUACAGGAUCCUGGACAGUGUGGCAAUGUGUUAAAGGGAUUUGAAGGGUUCUUAUCUUCGUCAAAGAACACUGCAUUCUUGAAGCGGUCUAGAAAGUUUCAGCCCGAAGAUAGGCUCUUUUCAUUAUCUUCAGUGACCUCACCAGCGGCAGAAGAGCUUGCGGCUGGUCGAGAUGACGGGAGAUCAGAUUUCGGUCCCGGUCGGUCCAAAGGUGGCGGAAUUUAUGCAAAUGGACAGGGUAAACCAAAGAAAGGAAGAGGUGCACCAAGAGACGCGAAGAGAGCAAGGGUUUCAAGUGAACAAGAUUUUGAUUAUGAAGAUGAUCCUGACCUGACUUUGUGAUUGAACAUUCUGAUGCAACUUUCUGUUAAACCUUGUGUUAUGUAAGAGCCUGGAAAAAUCUUGCUCUCUUAUCGAUUUCUCAUUCUAUGUAUAUAGUUGUGGAUUUUGUACUUCUUAGGUGAACAUUUAUUUUUUGCACAAAUUUUUGUUGGAAGCCUAAAUGAUUGUUUUAUUAGAUUUGUUACUGUAAACCUGUACAGAACUAACUUACUUUACCAACUGCUAGAAGUUGUUGUUUUCUACUGUUUGGGCGGCUUUUGAUGGGAAUCUAACUAAGAAAAAACCCUUUGG